AUGAUGGUAGACAUUUCCAGUGAAAGUUUCACCCGCUCAUUGGACAAGUUCAAACGCAACCUGACGGAUGAGCAAAAACGUAACUUUUCGUCAUGUAACAUCACUGAGGUCAACAAAACUAUGCAAGAGAUCCAGGACAAAAUUGGGCCGGACAAGAAGCUGCGGAAUUUUACGCGACUGAAGAAAUUUCUUGAGGGCAUGAAGCAAGUGGAAGAACUCGUAACGAUCUUCCUCAACGUCAGUGAGGUCGUUGCUUUCGUCUGGGGCCCCAUCAAGCUUGCACUCAUGGUCGCCACCACGAGGAUCAAUACCUUGGAAAUGCUGCUCGAAGUGUACCAUGAGCUUGGCGAGGUUCUACACGGCGUCGGAAAAUAUGACCGGCUUUUCAAAAACCAUCCAGACGCUCGAGAAAUCCUUGAGACGUAUUUCUACAGCAUUCUUGAAUUCCAUCAUGCCGUCCUCGAGGUGUUCGCGAGGCCAGGCUGGAAACGACUCUUUGAUUAUGCUUGGUCGGCUUUCAAAACUCGGUUUAACCCUAUCAUCGACAACCUCAAGCGUCAUAGGGCUCUGCUGUCCGAUGAAAAGUUGACGGUUGUGAUUGAAGAGAUCCAGGAAUCUCGAGACGUUGCGAACAUUACGCAGCAGCAGCUGUCCAGUGAUAUAAAAAAACAGCUCGAUGAGAUCAAACAGUCUCUCAAAGAGAAAGACAUUGAGAAGCGCGAUUCUCUACUUAAGGAAAGACACCACCUCGUGACGAAGUUCGAGCCUCUGGAGUAUAACGCGGAUCAGCACAGGGCAUAUUCUCAGCGAGAUGUUCCGUGCUCCGGUGAUUGGAUCCUAGAGGAUCCAAGGUUCAAAAGUUGGGUUAACGGGGGCACUCAAAGUGUUUUAUACUUGAAUGGGAUGCCUGGAUCCGGCAAGACAACAUUGGUUUCACGGAUCGUCGAGCAUAUGUUGUCCCACAGGAAGGACUUAAAUGGAAUUGUGACAUUCUUUUACUUCGGGCGACGAUCACAACAUGGAAGCCACAAAACAGCCAACAGCAUGCUUCGAGGCCUGUUAACUCAGAUACUCGACCAGGAUGAUACCCUGCGGGAGUAUAUUUUCCAUAGAUGCUCCCAUCUCAACAAACCCGACAUUCAUCGUGAGCCGUUUCUCCAAGAAUUGGCAGAAGACUGCCUGUCGGGACAGCAACGCGUAUGGAUCAUCCUUGAUGGUCUAGAUGACUGCGAAGGAGUGAGCGAGGUCGACCGGACCGAAUCACGGCGAGUGCUCGAAUGGUUCCAAAGCAAGAUUUUGUCACGAAAUACGACUCAGAAUGGUUCAAUUCGUCUAUUGAUCUUAGGUCAGAGAGAUGGCCAUAUUGACCAAAUGCUCUUUCAACAUCCCGGGAUCAACCUAGACGCAACAGAGUCACACAUUAAAGAUAUUGAAACGUUUACAAGGUCAAAAGCGGCCUUGAUUAGGACGAGAUUUUCACUGGAUCCAUCGGCAGAGAGUCAAAUUGUCGAAAAGGUCGCGGCUACUUCGAAAGGAAUGUUUCUCUAUUCAAAGGUUGUCCUCGAAAAUCUUCUCUCGCAAGACUCUGUUGCAGACCUUGAGGACGAACUCAUGCAGGACAACUUUCCCCAAGUCUUGGAUGAAGCAUACGAGCGAAUUGCUAUUCGUGUUUUUAACCGCCCACCCCCUGCACGAAGGAGGUCAGCUGAGCAAAUUCUUUCCUGGAUAAUCUGUUCAGCCAGAAAACUGCGAUGGCGAGAAAUCCAGUCUAGGUUCUGCAUUUCUCCAGAAGAAUGGGCUUCCAACUUUAAGAAGAGGCGAGUGGACACAUGCAAAGUACUGUGCGGCUCUUUCGUGGAAGCAGAGCCUUGUUCAGACCACGGAGACACGCCAUCUGAACAGAUCAUUAGCCUGGUUCACGAAACUGCUGGCAGUUACCUAGCUCAUACUGGACGAGUUCGAAUUUUAGAAGACCAUGCCAGAACCGCCAUCUUUUGUUCACAGUACAUAACCUCACACCCAUUCACCAGCGAGCUGAAUGCCCUUGCCAUCCAGGAGUUAGCCGUGACGGGAUUCUACGGCUUCCUAGAUUAUGCCGUCGCAUUUUGGCAUCAUCACUUCGAGAGGGUCAUCAAUGGUGAAUCCGGUACGAACUCUGAUCUGGAGGCCGAAGCGCUACAAUCAUCGAAGCGUGUGCUCGAUAUUUGGGGUUCCAGUCAGCCACAGGAUCAACAGGAUGGUAAUCUGAUCUCGGAGCAACCAGUUCAAUCCGAUAUCGAGCGGCAAUAUCAGGCAGCUGGCGGUAUACAUGACAUUCACAAGCGCAUUAUCUCCAUCAGAAAGGCCAUCGAGGCCAUCGAUCUCAGUAGCCUGCCCGAUAGCCAUCGCAUUUCGUUCCUCGAAUUAAACGGACUUGCAAAAUUCAAGUGUCCAAAUCUACGGUGUACGAAAUUUUUCACCGGUUUCUGCGACGAACACGACCGAGACUUGCAUGUUCAGGCACAUGAACGACCUUUCAAAUGCCUGGUCGACGGCUGCUACGCCCGAGUCACGGGAUACUCGACCUCGCAGGCUUUGGAUGCACACACUAAGCGCUUUCAUGAUGAAGAUUCAGGGACCACCUUGUCUUUUCCGAAACAAUCAGGAAGAGAAGUAUCAGCCAUGCACGACGCUGCGCGACAAGGCAAUCUUGCGCUGGUCAAGGCACUCUAUGCAGCGGGCAUUCCAUUGAAUUUACCCAUCAAGCCCCGCGGCGGCCUGACUCCAAUGGUCCUCGCAGCUCGGAACGGCCAUGCGAAUGUUUGCGAAUAUUUCAUGCGUCAAGGAUUAGACGGAUGCAAGCGAACCUAUGGGGAUAUUUCACCAGCCGUUGAAGCUAUUAAACGAGAGGACAUCGAACUUUUCCGAUGCCUAUGGCACAAACGCAAAGAAGCUUUUGAUAGAUAUCAGGUACAGUCAUUGGUCAUUUCAGUUCUACGUCAAGGGUUACAAGAGCCUCUGGAAGAGCUACUCAAAGAUCUCAAGCCCGAGCAAGUUCGGGCCAACCUACCGACAAUACUUGAUGCGGCCUCCCGCAUAUCCACGCACAAUUUGGCCCAGAGAAAAAUGGCUCUAUAUCAGACACAAAGAAGGCUCCUGCAUUCAAUUGUAGGGCGAGCUUUCCCACCUCUGUAUGAAGCAGACGGAUGUACGCUCAAGAACGGUAUCCCAUUGGCUCGCCAGUUCUCCACUGGGCUUGUAUGA